UUGUUCAUUUUUCUUGUGUUGUGUGCUGAAAGACCUCGCCUCCACGAGGUGGCGGUCUCCUAAUAUACAGGCGUGAUCUUAACAGGACACUCACCCACAGGGACCAGUCAGAUGGAGGAAACACGCAACAGUUUACCUGUUGAUCCUUAGCGGUCCCACAUACUUGCUCGUCUAUCUUCCUUCAGCUUGCCUACAUUUUCAAUUUACCUGGCAACUGGAAUUACAGUCGUUCUAUGUGCACCUGCCCACUGCAGGGAGGGUGUGCGUGGCCUUUCCGUGCACCCCUUUAAAGGCCAUACUGUCAGAGGCGAUGUGGCUGAGGCUUUUAUUUUGCAACGAAUACAAUCUCCUUAAAACCAGACACAAAGUUGUAUCUCAUUACAGUCUCAGUACACACAUUGUUUUAAUUUUUAGUUUGUAUUAAUUGGGUUCAAUGAAUUGGUAAAAAGGGGAAAAAAACAAUUCAUGGAAAUAAUUCAUUUACAACGUGUCUCAUUAAAUCUCAAAUGACAGCGCUUGUAUCAUUUCGUAAAUCCCUGUGGAUAAGAGCACGGGCAAUUGCGUCAUGUGCUGCAAUUGUAAUGUAUCCUAAUAAGCACAGAUUCCUGGACGCCUCGGAUAAUACGACAACUGUAGAAAGCCUUUUCAUAUUUAAACUUGUGGACUGCCUGCAAAUAUCAGCGUCAGGGUACAUUAUAGAACUAUUCCUAUGCAUUUGAGACGGCCAAGUGCUGCAUGUUUUAUCAUAGGAUUUCAUAAUGUGUUUCGAUAAAGGGUUAAUCUUAUAUCCCAUGCGUUCGUGCGGCUGCCCGUGGCAUUACAUAUACUAAACGAAGCCAGUGUGAAACUGGCAAUGCAGGAACUCGCAUUGUCUCGGGCAACGGUGCGGUUCUUGUUUGUGGUCAAGAACAAUGUAACUUGUAUUACCUAAAAUCUUGCGUCUAUGUAUGUCGUCUUCGGGUGACAAGUUGGAACAGGGUCGGCUCGUGCGCUGAAUCGUCUGAACAGCAAGUGAAGGAUGUCCCGCAGUCGAGACCUAAACUCUAACCCAGACCAAUUUAGGAUUCUGAACACCAAUGAGCUCCGGAAUCUUUUACAAGAUGAAGGAACAAUGGAUCAGAUCAUCAGACUCAGUCAAAAGUUUCAGGGCCUGCAGGUGGACAGAGAGACCCUGCUGACUGCUAACCGCAGCCAAGCGGAGGAGAAUCUUUCUCAACGGCCGCGUCUCCAGAACUGCAAGCUACUGCUGGCUGAGAAGUACCGGGAGCUGGAGCAGCUCGACGCCGUCUGCCGGGAGAAGCAGAGCCGACUGGACACCUGCAUACAAAGGCAUGGGCCUCAGACAGCCCAGCACCUUCUCCAGGAAGAGGUAGCUCGUGCUGAGGUGAAAUCAGAGGAUCUCCUGGAGAACUUCAUGGAAGGUGGCAUGUCACUGGAAGGGUUCCUGGAGUCCUUUCAAUGCUCCAGGAAAGUGUACCACAUCCGUCGCGCCCAGGCAGAGAAGCUGCAGGAGUUGUGUAGGCCGCGCUGGAAACUCAGGAACCUCAACGAGGCCAAGAACGAAUCCAGAGAGCAGCAGAAGCCUCCUGUGGAUGGCCCUGCUGCUCCAGGCCCACCGCGUGUCUUUAAGCUCCGCUACGGCCUCACCCCAGCCAUCAUCCUUCCCCGGGUUCCCCUGGCCUCCAACCCAGCCCCGGCCCAUGCUGCCUGUCUACCACCUCUGGAUAAGCAACUAGGCCAGGCUUUUGGGCCUAGUGCUCCCUGUCCUGGCCCCGGCCAGCCAGUGGGCCUCAGAGUGAUCGGGCACCUCCCUGGAUGGUCAGCCAGGCCAGUACGUUUACAGCAGCUUUGUAGGCAGCCAAACCACCAUCAGCAGCCAGACCCCCCGUUGCGAUAAUGCAACUGCUUUCCUUCCAGAUCAGCAGCUCACACAAAAUCGUUGACUGACAUCUUUGUUGGUAUGGUUAUGGAAAGUCAUGGCCAGGCAACAGGCCAGCCAAGCCAACAGCUUAUUGGACACUGCCACAACUAAGGGUUGUUAUUAAAAAAGUAAAAGUUAUGAUAUAUUUGAUACGUCAACUGUAAUCAAUAAAAUGGCUCAAAGUUGCUUCUACUAAUGUUCA